AUGGGGGAUGCGGGAGAGGAGAUGGACGAUAAAGAAGAGAAGGCGCGUCGCUUGGGUGUGUCGUCGCGGUGGGUGGGAGGCGCGCUGGUGGCAGCGGCGCUGCUGCUGCUACUAGCCGCGCAAGCCGAGCGCCGCCUGCCGCCAGCUCGUGACGCGCCCCCGGACGACUUCAGUGGUUUCCGCGCGCACCGCUACCUCACCAACCUCACCGCCGUCGGGCCCAGGGUAGCGGGCAGCUACGAGAAUGAAGUGGUAACCGUGAAGUGGAUCGUGAACACUCUGCGGGAGAUCGCGGCGCAAGCGUCGCCGCACAACCGCCUCGAACUUGACGUACACACCGCCAGCGGCGCCUUCCCGCUCUCCUUCCUCGAUGGCAUGAACAACGUGUACCGAGACGUGCAGAGCGUGGUGGCGCGCGCGAGUGGCGUGGGCGGGCGGCGCGCGCGCACGGCGCUACUGCUCAACUGCCACUUCGACACCGUGCCCGACAGCCCAGGCGCGAGUGACGACGGCGCGGGGUGCGCCGUGCUGCUGGAAACGCUGCGCGCGCUGCUGGCGGCGCCGCGUCCGUUGCGCCACGACGUCAUCGCGCUGCUCAACGGCGCCGAGGAGAACAUCCUGCAGGCCUCGCACGCCUUCGUCACCACGCACAGAUGGGCAAAAGAUGUGCGCGCAUUCAUAAACUUGGAGGCAUGUGGCUCGGGCGGCCGCGAAGUCCUGUUCCAGGCCGGCCCACACGAUCCCUGGAUUCUAGAGGUGUACGCGGGCGCGGCGCCGCACCCGUUCGCGUCGUCGCUGGCGCAGGAGCUGUUCCAGAGUGGCCUCAUCCCCGCCGACACAGACUUCCGCAUCUUCCGUGACUUCGGCGGACUCUCCGGCGUGGACCUGGCGUGGAGCAGCAACGGGUUCGUGUACCACACGCGCCUGGACACGGCCGCGCGCGUGCCGCCCGGCGCGCUGCAGCGCACCGGCGACAACGUGCUCGCGCUCGUGCAAGGGAUGCUGCGACAUCCGGCGCUGGAGCAUGCGGUGGAGCGGUCCGCGCUACCGGCGUACUGCGACAUGUUGGGGUUGGUGGUGCUGGCGUUGCGGCCAGGCGCUGCGCUGCUGGCCACCGCCGUUGCGUUGCUGGCGUUGCUGCUACGUUUGCUGCUCUCUGCAGCUGAUGCACAGCACCACCUGUACAUGAGUCGUGGUGCGUGGUGGCGUGCGGUGCGGCACGGCGCGGUUGUGGCGGCGGCGAGCGCGGCGUGCGGCGUCGGCGCGGCGGCUGCGGCGGCCGCGCUGCUGCACGCUCUGCGCGCGCGCCUGCUGUUCUACGCGCGCCCGCCGCUGCUGCUGCCGCUCUACGCGUUGCCAGCGGUGUGCGGGUGGUGGUGGGCGGCGCGAGCCAUGUGGCGGCGGGGCGGGGGCGGGGGCGGCGGCGCGGGCGCGGUGGUGCGCGGCUGGUGGCGCGCGCGGGCGUGCGGCGACGCGGCGUGCGCGCUGGCGGGCGGCGCGCUGCUGUGCUGCGCGGCGGCCGGCCUGCGCUCCGCCUUCCUGCCGCUGCUGUGGACGCUGCCGGCCGCCGCGGCGGACGCGGCCGCGUCGCUGCUGCGCCUGGCGCCGCGCGCGCGCGCCGCCUGCUGGGCGCUGGGCGCCGCGCUGCCGGCCGCGCAGACGUGCUACCUGGCGCUGGCGUCGCUCGACAUGUUCGUGCCCAUCAUGGGCCGCGCCGGCACCACGCCGCUGCCGCCCGACGUAAUAAUGGCAGUAAUGGUGGGAGCGCUGACAAUCACGGCUUUGAGCUGGGUGCUGCCAUUCGUGGUCGCCGCAGACAACAUCGACAAACUGCUGUGGGCGAUGGCGGGCACGUGGGCGGCGAGCGCGGCGCUGGCGGUGGCGGUGGGGGCGGGGGCGGUGGGGGGGCACCCCGCCUACAGCGCGGCGCGUCCGCAGCGCGUGCUGCUGUUCCACGUGCGCCGCACCGACCACUCCGCGCGCGACGCGGCGCCUCCCGACCACCUCUACUGGAUCCCGGAGAUCGACGCCAACACGCCGCGCUCGCUCUACGGCAUCGUGAAGGACAUGGAGAAGGCGCAGGUGACCUCGGCGGAGGAGUGCUCGCGCUGGGUGUACUGCGGCGCGCCGUACUACCUGCCCGUGCGCAGCCUCGUGGCGCGCGGCUACUCGCUGCCGGCGCCCGCCGCGCCGCGCACCCGCCUGCACGCCACUCUGCAGCUGCAGCGCUUGCAGCGCUCCGACGCCAACGGCACGCUGCACGCACUGCACCUGCACCUGCAUGGUGACGGUGCGCGGUACGUGGUGUGCGUGGUGUCGCCGGCGGCGGGCGCGCGCGUCAGCUGGAGCUCGGCCGUGGCGCGCCCGCUCGAGGCAGCGCGCUGGGCCGACCGCACCACCUACUUCUUCGCGCUGCACCACGCGCGCCCGCAGCCCUCCUGGCACCUCGAGCUGCACAUACAGCAUAACUUGGAGAAGGAGCCGGAGAAGUUAGUGGACGUGUCCGUGGCGGGGCACAGUCUGUUCGGCGAGGACAAGCUGCAGGAGGCGCACCGCCGGCUGCUGGCCGCGCUGCCCGCCUGGACCGCGCCCACCGGCUGGGGCAUCGACCUGCACCUCUACUCGCUCUAG